AAAUUGCCGGUCCAAAACCAAAAUAAGAAGGAAAAAAAUCGGUGGGGUUUAACAAAGGGGGGCGCCUGCAACGACGGCGACGGAAACUGCAAAUCCGGAGAACGUAAAUACCCGGUCUCAUUAGCCUGCCCGACAAUGGUUUCUCUUUCCACUUGGUGCCGAUACAUAGUCAACAAGCUCGAGUACUCCGUCUCUCUCAGUUUGAAGAAUUACAAGGGAGGUCAAAUCAGUAACCAAGAAGUGAACCAAGUUGUAAAAAAUCUAUUUCAGGGAAAGUUGACUUACUUCCACUGGAAUAAAGGAGAGGAAAUGGCUCCAACUAUGGGAGUACAUGGCGGAACUCUUCUUGUUAGGAAGAUACCAGAUGCUGAUACAUCCCAUGUUUUUGUUGGAGACGUUGUGGUCAUGAAGGACCCUGAGAAUCUGGAUAACCAUCUAGUCAGAAGAUUAGCUGCUGUUGAAGGUUAUGAAAUGGUGUCUACUGAUGAAAAAGAUGAACCAUUUACUCUUGAAGAGGACCAGUGCUGGGUGCUGGCUGACAAUGAUAAACUGAAGCCCAAGGAAGCAAGAGACAGUCGAUUAUUUGGUCCCAUUCCCAUGACAAACAUAAUUGGGAGGGCUAUUUAUUGUCUACAAACUGCUGUUGAUCACAGUCCUGUUCAGAACAGUCAUUACAGCAUGCAAAGGGAUUCACCAGUGCUUGAAGUAGAACUUGACAUUGAUGAGAUGGUGAAGAAUCACAAAACGUAAACCAUUGCUACUUACCACUUACUCUUUUGGUUUGUACUUUGUAGGUAUCAUUUUUUUUUUUUAUUGUUCUCUUGCCCAUUUUUCUCAGUGGGAAUGUUUUUAGUUUAACUCUCUGGCAGUAGAAAAUAAAAUUGAUGUAUCAGGUUUGAGUUAUGCCUCAGCGUUUAUUUAUCUUCGACAGAUGCUGGAAUUGGUAAUUGUUUCUAUCAUUCUGUCUGAAGAAAGGAAAAGCACUUCC